AUGGCUCUGUGGAACGAUCUCGCGCUUCUCAACUUUCUCGCCACUUAUAGGAUUAACCAGUGUCGAAGGACGUUGGUCACCGAUGUUAUCCUCAAAAAGAUUGAAGAGAUCGAAGGUAAAAAUGUGGAGAAGCAGCAAGCUAUGGAUAACUUCAAAAAGUUACUGACGAAUGUCACUGAAUCGAUGGCUUACCUGGAGCAAAUGAAAGAUGUGCUUAUGCAGCUGUGCGCUACUUAUCUCACUUCAAGAAGACAUAACGGAUUUGCGUUAAAUCCAGUCGCUAAUUUUCACUUGAGAAAUGGAGCGGAAUUGUACCGAUUGAACUGGAAAGGAGAUGCAAGUAGAAGAGGUCUCGAGUCUAGUCUUGGCAUCAUGGUUAAUUACAGGUAUCGUCUUGAAAAAGUGUUGGAAAACAGUGUUCGCUAUACUUUGGAAAAGCAUAUCCCUGUUCAUGAAAACGUUUCUUCGUUGAUUCGACGUCAGCCAGUUCCAAAGGAAUCUAAGAUGUAA